UGUAAAUGCCAAGAUUCAAAACAAACUAGAGAGAAGUUUGAAAACUACGUUUUUAUUUUCAUUAAAAAUGUUUAUCUACUUAAGUAAGAAGAUUGCUAUUCCAAACAAUACUAAAAUAAACGCUAUCGCUUGGAACAAACUAGAUGGAUACAUUGCUGUUGGAGGAGAGAAUGGUCUUUUAAAAGUUUUAAAAUUAGAUUCAGCUACAGAAAAUGAUGGUAGUGGUAGUAACAAAAGUAGAGGUCUAGCAGCAACUAGUAACUUGUCAAUGAAUCAAGCGUUGGAGGGCCAUACAGAGAACAUACAAGUUUUAGUAUGGAAUGAAUCUCACAAAAAGUUAACUACCAGUGAUGAAAAUGGUGUGAUAAUCGUUUGGAUGCUAUAUAAGGGUGCUUGGUAUGAAGAGAUGAUUAACAACAGAAAGAAAUCGACAGUAGUAGGGAUGUCCUGGAGUGCCGAUGGUCAGAAAAUUUGCAUAAUUUAUGAAGACGGUGCUGUUAUAGUUGGUUGUGUGGGAGGCAACAGAAUUUGGGGCAAAGAACUCAAACAAGUUCAGUUAGCUGGUGUGCAAUGGUCUCCUGACAGUAAAUUUUUAUUAUUUAGUUUAAAAAAUGGUCAACUUCAUCUCUAUGAUAACCAGGGAAACUUUGUAAUGAAAGUAAAUAUAGUUUGUCAUGAUGCAAGCUUUGACGUAAUUCCUAUAGUUGGUUUAGAUUGGUACAAUGGUGUAAAUGGAAAUAUGUAUGCUUUAUGUCCAAAUUUAGCAAUAACAUUUGAAAAUGGCAAAACUCAGCUCAUGAAAAAUGAAAGUGAUACAGCUCCCAUUGUUGUUGAUACAAGAAUGUUUGCAGUACAUUGUUCUUGGAAUCAUAAUGGAUCUCUUUUGGCCAUAUGUGGGAGACAGUUUGCAGAUGAAAAACAAGUCAAUCUUGUACAAUUUUACAACCCUUUCGGAGAACAUUUAAGGACAUUAAAAGUUCCUGGAAAUUCAAUAUCUUGCUGCGUAUGGGAAGGUGGCUCUUUGAGGGUGGCUCUUGCAGUGGAUUCUUUUGUAUACUUUGCCAAUAUAAGGCCAGACUAUAAAUGGUGUUACUUUAAAAAAACAGUGGUUUUUAGUUCUUGCAGACCACAUAAAGCCGGCGUAAGUCUUUCUUUUUGGGAUACCAGCAACAACCAGUGUCACACAAGAUGGGUAUCAGUGUUGUUAGGUAUAGCAGGUUAUGGAGACCAUUGUAUAGUUGCAAUAAGGUCCGAAAAUGAAGACAAUUUGGGAAAGUACGGCCUAAUACUAUACAAUACCCUAGGAACACCGGUUGAUGGAAAAUAUAUCAAUAUUGAACCCAUAAGCGUAGCAAUGAAUUCUUAUCAAGUUUUUGCCGCUUCUAAAAACAAUUUUAUUGUUUGGCAUUACAAAACACCAAAAUCAAUAACAGUGGGCAGUACAAGAAUCAAAAUGUUCCAUAUAGAUGAUAAUCCUUCAGGGGCUGUGGAAAUAAUUCAAGAACUCGAAGGUACCAACACCAUACCUGUUAGUACUCAUGAAACUAUAGAUCCAGUAUGGUGUGUAGUAGCUACCGAUAAAUGCUUAGUUAUAGGCAGAGAUUCUGGUCUUAUCCAGUACUAUGCAUUACCUCACAUAGUACUGACCAACAGAUAUAAAAUUAGUACUAGACCCCAUAAAAUGGCCAUCAAUUCAAAUUCAACACGCUUAUCUGUGAUUGACAUAUCAGGUGUAAUGACAGUUAUUGACAUUUCUGAAGGUAUAGGUCGGCCUUCAACAGGUGCUGAAGGAACUAAACUUGAACGUAAAGAUGUUUGGGCAAUGUGUUGGGCGUCAGACAAUCCACAAUUACUAGCAGUCAUGGAAAAAACGAGAAUGUAUAUUUUUAAAGGGAUAUAUCCUGAAGAACCAGUAGCUUGUUCGGGGUAUUUAUGUAGUUUUAAUGAUUUAGAAAUCCAAGCUGUGUUACUAGAUGAGGUUAUGGAAAAUCCUGAGAAACCUGAUAAGGAUCACAUUAUUAAAAUAGAAGUAAAAAGUCUUAGAGACACAAGGCAGUUAUUGGAAAAAGUUGGCAUAAACGAGGCUUGUCAGUUUGUUGAAGACAACAGACACCCUAGAUUAUGGAGACUGGUAGCAGAAGCGGCUUUAAAAGAAAUGAAUUUAACGAUGGCAGAGGCAUGUUUUGUGAGAUCUAAAGACUAUUCGAAAGUUUUGUACGUAAAAAAACUUGGAGACAUCAACAGUGAAGCUAUCAGGAAGGCUCGAAUAGCUACUUACUUCAAAAAUUUCGAUGAGGCUGAAAAAAUCUACAUGGAAGCAGACAGAAGCGACUUGGCUUUAAAGUUACGCCAAACUCUGGGCGAUUGGUUUCGAGUAAUUCAAAUACUGAAAAACGGAGUUACAGCCCCAGAUUCAUUGCUACAAACGGCUUAUAAUUCAACAGCUGAUUAUUUUGCACAUUUUAACAAUUGGGCAUCAGCUAUCGAAUAUUACGAAUUAGCUAAAAACACAUCUAAAAUGAUCGAAUGUUACUACCAUUUAGAAGACUGGAAGAGUCUGGAAUCCAUGAUAGACUCCCUACAAGAGGCCGAUCCUCUUCUGGAAUUAAUAGGCGAUAUGUUUGCUUCAAGUGCAGUCCAUACAGAAGCAGUCAAGGCGUAUGUCAAAGUUGGAAAAAUGAAAUCCGCUAUAAAUGUAUGCAUUCUACACAAUCGUUGGGACGUAGCCAUAGAUUUAGCGAAAACCUACAAUAUUACAAAAAUUUCCGAAUUAUUGAUGAAAUAUACGAUUCAUCUGGUCGAACAAGGCCAAAUAAUGAAUGCCAUACAGGUUAAUGUUCAGGCUAAAUGCUAUUUGGAAGCUGCCGAACAUGCUUUUAAGUUAGCGGACUUAGAAGCGCAGAAACCUAACAAAAAUUUAUUGAAAAUUAAGAAACACUAUGUAUACGCAGCUAAAUUAACAGAUCUAUACAAAAAACCUGCUGGCUCUGGAGAUUGGGAAAAUUCAAAUGAUUUAUUAAUCGAAAAUGCUUGGAAAGGUGCUGAGGCUUACCACUAUUUUAUAUUAGCUCAAAGAUUUCUGUAUAACGGAAAUCAACACGAAGCAUUGUGUGUUGCCUACAAGCUACAAGAUUAUUCAGAAUACAUUCUCCCCAUAGAUCUGUACUCUCUUUUAGCUCUGGUAGCCUGUGUUGAUCGAUGUUUCGGUGUAUGUUCUAUAGCAUUGAUGAAGCUAAAAGAUCUACAAAACGUAACUGAUGCUGAUAAAUUUCAGUUCGAAAAGUUAUCUUGGGAUAUUUUUAGAAAUUAUGAGCCCUCUAAUCCGGUACAUAAAUUGAUGAAAUGUGAUAACUGCGAAUUAGAUAUUCCUGAUUGGAGCUCUCAGUGUCCUCAAUGUAGAAUACAUUUUCCGACAUGUAUUGCUUCAGGAUGUUCGAUAGUAGGAGAUCCAAUGUGGUUCUGUAAAUCUUGUAAACACCCAGCAUUAGAAAGAAAAAUGUCAUCAUACAUUACAUGUCCUUUGUGUCAUGCCAAAAUCGAAAAAUAAUUAACAUGUAACUUUUCCAUUUUACCCAUCCGUCCUUAUUACAAAAUGAUCUCCUUCAACUUACGAUGUAUUUUUAAAUGUAGAUAUUAAUAUUUAUUUUAAUUUCUUUUUGCUUCUUUUUUGUCGAUAAUACGUGUAUAUGAUUUAUAAAAUUAAUACUAAUA